AUGGACAACUACAAAAAGAAAGAUUUGUUAUCAUCUCCCAAGUCUGUAAAAACGAUAAGUAUGAAAAGCAAUCUAAAGGACUUGUAUACAAAAACGAAUGCAGAAGUAUAUGAUUUUUCAAGAAAUGAAUAUAUUAAAUCAUCCAGUAAGGUACAAGAUUUAAUUAAUAAGUAUAAUAAACCUUUCUCUUCUACUAAAAAGUUAAGUAGUACAUUUCAUGCUAUGAAUCCUAUAAAUGUGCUUUAUGUUCCCAGGUCAAUUCCUACGAAGAGUUAUAAUGAUCCAGGAUGUUUUUCUUACAGCAGUAGUCUUAGAGAUUCUUAUUCAGUUUCGGAGAAGAGUGCGUAUUUUAAAAAUAAUAAUAGUCAGUUAUUAUCAUCUGCAAAAUCUUGUAGAGAUACAAAUAAUUCAGGAUUAUUUAAUAGUAUUAAUUUAAGUGAAAAAACAUUUACUGAUAGAUCUAGUACAUUUUCUUCUUUUUAUAAUAAACGUAAUAUACCUACGCCAUUUAAUAAGGGACUAACUAAAGGGUUAGAAGUACAAGCUUGUAAAAGUGAACCGAUGAAUGGUAGAAAAGGAGAUAUGUAUAAAAUUAAUGAUAGAAAGGAAAACGUGUAUAAAAUUAAUGAUAUAAAAGAAGAUUUGCAUAAAAUUAAUGAUACAAAAGAAGAUGUUUAUAAAAUUAAUGAUAGAAUUGAAGAUGUUGAUAAAGUAAAUAGUAGAUAUGAGUACAAUACAUUUAAUGUAAUAAAAGAUACUAUAAAGCCUUCUUAUACCACUCAACAAAGUUGGUCAAGUCCCCAGAAUGGAAAAUAUGUAACAUUUAGCAGACCUUCUACACCUAACAAACAGUUAUCACAUUCUCUUUAUGGGCCUGGUGAAGAACUAACUGUACCGUUAUCUUUUAAGAUAUUAAAUACUGUUUAUUCCUUUGACAUGAAUUAUGAAACUACUACCUACUACAUAGAAAUAUCAUCUAAUAUAUCUUGGAUAAUAAAAAAAGAUCUUAAAAGUAUAUUAAAUCUAUUAGACUCUUCUAUACUGAAAAAUAAAGAUAUUACUAAACCUGUAAGAGAUAAUAUGAUUAUUACUAUGUUAAAUACAGCUAAAAUAUCACCAUCUCUACAAUAUUUUAUAUUAACAGAUAUUACUAAAAAUAUAAUAGCAAGAGGUGAAUACCUUCUUCUAUAUAAUAUUCCUUAUAUAUUUAAAUUAGUAGGUAAGGCUCUUGUGUCUUAUAAUAUGCAUAAAAGAGUUCAUAGGAUAUUUUUACUGGAAGAGUGUUAUAUUGAAGAUGGAGAAAAUGAUUACUGUUUCUUAAUACGAAAUAAAAAUGAAAGCGUAGAAUUGUAUGCUAGUUGUAAAAUGGAAAGAGAUGAAUGGGUUAAAGAUAUAAAUAAUUUUAUCGAGACUCGGUUGUAA